CUGGCCGAGACUUCCUGCCAGGCGCUGGGGGAGUCGCGCGUGGACGAGGGGUCCCCGGGGUCCCGCAUCGCAGCGGGGGGCGGCAAGGACGGCGGAGCGGCUGGCGGAGGGCGGGAGCAGCCGGCACCCCCGGCCCCUUCCGAGAGCGACUUUCAAACUCGGCGCCCGAGUCGCGCCGCCACCUGGGCAGCUCCGCGCACCGUGCACGUCGGGAGCCGGCGGGACGGCCAUCGCUCGAAUCUUCCUGAGGUGAUUGUCCCAGGCAGCAAUGCCAGGAUGCCUGUCUCUACUGCCCUCCACCAAGAUGGCAGCCAGGAGCGACCGCCAAGCCUGACGUCCACUACUUCCUCCGGCUCCUCUCGUGACAGCCAUAGUGCCAUGGAGGAGCCCACUGGCUCUGAGGCUUCAGCCCAGAAUGGGGCAGGCUCCCCUCGGGGCCGGCAUAUCCCCAACAGCAACAAUAACUCCAGCAGCUGGUUAAACAUGAAGGGACCCCUCUCCCCAUUCAACAGCCGUGCAGGGACAGGCCCUGCUCACCAUAAGCUCAGCUACCUGGGCCGAGUGGUGCGGGAGAUUGUGGAAACAGAACGCAUGUAUGUUCAGGACCUGCGCAGCAUUGUAGAGGACUACCUCUUGAAGAUCAUCGACACCCCUGGGCUUCUGAAACCAGAGCAAGUCAGUGCCCUCUUUGGGAACAUAGAGAGCAUCUAUGCACUGAACAGCCAACUCCUCAGAGACCUGGACAGCUGCAAUAGUGAUCCCGUGGCUGUGGCCAGCUGCUUUGUGGAAAGGAGCCAAGAGUUUGAUAUCUACACCCAGUAUUGUAACAACUACCCCAAUUCUGUGGCGGCCCUGACAGAGUGCAUGCGUGACAAGCAGCAGGCCAAGUUCUUCCGUGACAGGCAGGAGCUACUGCAGCACUCCCUGCCCCUGGGAUCCUACCUGCUGAAGCCAGUCCAGCGCAUCCUUAAGUACCACCUGCUACUCCAGGAAAUUGCUAAACAUUUUGAUGAAGAAGAGGAUGGCUUUGAGGUAGUUGAGGAUGCCAUUGACACCAUGACGUGUGUGGCCUGGUACAUCAAUGACAUGAAGAGGAGACAUGAGCAUGCGGUUCGGCUGCAGGAGAUUCAGUCACUGCUCAUCAACUGGAAGGGACCAGACCUUACCACCUAUGGAGAGCUGGUUCUGGAGGCCACCUUCCGUGUACACCGAGUGCGAAAUGAGAGAACUUUCUUCCUCUUUGACAAGAUACUGCUCAUCACGAAGAAGCGGGGCGAUCACUUUGUCUACAAGGGUCACAUUCCGUGCUCCUCGCUAAUGCUGAUCGAAAGCACCAGAGACUCUCUGUGCUUCACCGUCACCCACUACAAGCACAGCAAACAGCAGUAUAGCAUCCAGGCCAAGACAGUGGAAGAGAAACGGAGUUGGACUCACCACAUCAAGAGGCUCAUUCUGGAGAACCACCAUGCCACCAUCCCCCAGAAGGCCAAAGAAGCCAUCUUGGAAAUGGACUCUUAUUACCCCAGUCGGUAUCGCUAUAGCCCAGAGAGACUGAAGAAGGCUUGGUCCUCCCAGGAUGAGGUGUCUACCCAUGUGCGCCAAGGACGCCGGCAGUCUGAGCCUGGCUACACCCUGUCCAGCAGCACAACACUCCCCAGCAGGCAGCGAGGAUUCGAGAUGCCAGGCCUUAAGAGCCGUAGAAAGUCGGAACCGACCAGACAUCUGCUCAGACAACUGAAUGAGAAAGCAACCAGAGCAUCGGGAAUGAAGCAUGCGGGCAGUGCCGGAGCCCUUCUGGACUUUGGGCAGCCAUCUUGUGCACAGGACCCGCAGCCAGAGGCUGAGGGGGUUGCCAGGGAGGAGCUCGAGGAAGAGGAGGAGGAGGAGAUAGUGGAGGAGGAGGAGGAGGAGGAACAGCAGCAGCGGACCUUUCCAGUCUCCCUGGAAGACCUGGCAGGGAGUGAAGGAAGUGAGAAGGUGCCUGGGCCAGAGCACCCAGGUUCAGAGGAGGAUGAGGAGGAGGAGGAGGAGGAGAGUCUGGCAGUGGCGGAGCAGGUAGCUGACUUUGCCAGCUCCCUGCUGGCCGCCCUCCACUGCUGGCACUAUCGGGCCAACGCUUUACUUUUCUCCCGGGGUGCUAUGGGGAAAGAGCACAGGGAGUCUGAAGGCUCCAAGAGCUGCAGAAGGUCCAGCAACCGGUCUCCAACCAGUGCAGAGAAGCGGAUGAGCUUCGAGUCCAUCUCCUCCCUGCCAGAGGUUGAGACAGAUCCUGAGCCUGGGGCUGAGCAGGAGGUCUUUGCCACCUUGGAAGGUCCCAGCACUGAGGAGAUGUCUUCAGACCCAGAAUCUCCAGAAGUCCUAGAAAAACAGCUCGAUGCCCCCCAGGGGUUGCUGGGGGUGGACCACCCAGCUGAUGUGGUGGACUUCAUGGUAGCCGAGUGUACUGAGGACCUUAAGGCCUUGAGCAGUGAGGAGGAGGAGGAAAUGGCAGCAUCCCAGGAAUCUGAGAGCCUCCUGCCACCCUCUGUGCUGGACCAGGCCAGUGUCAUCGCUGAGCGGUUUGUCAGCAGCUUCUCUCGGCGGAGCAGCCUGGCACUGGAGGAUGGCAAGUCCAGCAGCCUGGGGACACCACGACUGGUCAGCCGGAGCAGCAGUGUGCUGAGUCUAGAGGGCAGUGAGAAGGGCCUGGCCCAGUGGGGCAGCGCUGUGGACUCCCUCAGCUCCCCACCCACCCCAGAAGUGUUUAUCAAUGCAAGUGUGGCCACAGACAAUGGCCUGUCUGUCAAUGGAGCAGAAUCUGCAAAUGCAGGCUGCCCCUUGGAGCCCAACAGAUCUUCCUGCAAGAAGGAGUCUGCACUUUCCACCCGUGACCGGCUGUUGCUGGACAAAAUUAAGAGCUACUACGAAAAUGCCGAACACCAUGAUGCUGGCUUCAGCAUCCGGCGCCGGGAGAGCCUCUCUUAUAUCCCUAAAGGACUGGUGCGUAGCUCUGUGUCCAGGUUCAACAGCCUUCCCAGGCCAGAUCCAGAGCCAGCAGUUCCAGUGGGGUGCAAGAGGCAAGGGGGCUCACGGCCAGCCUCAUGGGCCCUGUUUGACCUCCCAGGACCCAGCCAGUCAGGCACAGGGGACCCAGCUCCUGUUACAGAUGCUGAGUUCCGUCCGUCUUCAGAAAUUGUGAAGAUGUGGGAAAGAAUGGAGUCUUCCGAGGGGAGUCCACGGACAGGGCCAGGCCAGAGUCAGGCCAAUGGCUUUGAGCUGCAAGAACCACUCUUCAUCCUAGAGGAGCAUGAGUUGGGGGCCAUCACAGAGGAGUCAGCUGUUGCCUCUCCGGAAAGUGCCUCUCCCACUGAGCAGCCCAGCCCAGCCCACCUGGCCCGUGAGCUAAAAGAGCUGGUGAAGGAGCUGAGCAUUGGUGCCCAGGGGGAAUUGGUCACCCCACUGCACCCCCGUAUUGUGCAGCUCUCCCAUGUGAUGGACAGCCACGUGAGUGAGCGUGUCAAGAACAAGGUCUACCAGCUGGCCCGCCAGUAUAGCCUCCGGAUUAAGAACAUCAAGUCGGUGUCAGCUAGGCCACCUCUGCAGUGGGAAAAGGCAGCUCCCGAGAGGGAUGAGCAGAGCCCCACCAUCCCCUAUCUGCAGGAAGAGGCUGGAGAGCUUUCAGGGAGCAAAGGUAGGAGAAGGCCUGUGCUGUCCCUCCUCAGCUAUGAGCAGCUGAUGGCCCAGGAGCUUAGUCCCACCAAGCCCUCCCCUGCUGGGGAGACCUCACCACGCCAGUUCUCCUUCAGCCCUUCUGCUGUCAGCACAAGAACCACCUCUCCCGGGUCCCGGCCCUCUACUCGGAGCCCUCUCAGCCCCUUUGACACUGAGACCUUCAACUGGCCUGAUGUCCGAGAGCUCUGUUCCAAAUAUACCUCUCACGACAAGGCUGCUCAGGCAGACGGCAAACGGCCUUGUGGCCUGCCAGUCAACCGGAGCCUCUCCUUGCCUGAGAACAUAGUGGAACCUCCUGUGUCUGGCAGAGUGGGCCGCUGCUGCAGCCUGAACGCCAAGAGAGGCCACACUGGUGGGGAGGCCUCCCAGCUUUCACCUCCUGGAUCUCUGCCCCAAAACAGGCUGAAUGGAGGUGCAGCCCUUUAUAUCACUGCAGACCUCACCCUGGAGAACAACCAGCGGGUGAUUGUCAUGGAGAAGGGGCCCCAUCCUUGCCCCACUCUGGGGUUGGAUGAGGAGGGCAAUGGGCAGGGACCAAGCUCACCAAAGGCCUUGGGACAGGACCAAGAUUUCCAGGAGUCUGCAGAAUACCGGCCCAAGGAAGGAGGUCCCAGGGACCCAGCAGACAUAAGCAAGAAGGGCAGAGUGAGAAAUCUGAGGGAGAAAUUCCAGGCCUUGAACUCCAUGGGUUGACUGACUCCUUCAGGAGGGAGGAGCCACAUUAGGAUAGGGAAGAACCUGGCAUGCUUCCCCUAGGUCAGGCUGGGCUUACAGGAGCCUGACUUGGGGUCUCACUUAAAGCUGUUCCUUCACUCUUUUUGAAGAGUGAUCUGGAGAGCACAUGUCUGCUGCCUAUGUUCCCCUCCCUCCCAGACUUCCACCCCUGGACCUAUGAUAACUUUCCUCAGGCCCAGAUGAGCCACUUCCCUUGUAAAUACUUCUGUGAUAAGCCAAAUGUUUUAUUUAAGCUCAUUCUGCCCAGGGAGAGCAAGCACUGCCCAGGUUUCCAGCACCGGCUGGCCACUGCCUGGAUGAAGACUCAAGGGGGAGGACCCAGGAAACAGCCUGGACAGCCUUUGUGCUUUAACUGCCUUUUUUAAGGACCCAGGCAGAAAUGAGACCAAUAAUUUAUUGCUUUCCAUUCUGUGGUAUGUGUAUGUGAGUGAGUGGGUGUCCUGUGAAGAAUGUAACGGACUUAGUUCAGGUAUUCUGGAAGGUUGUCUUGCUGGCCUUGUGGUUGUCGCUAAUGUACACACAUUUCAAUAUUUGCCAAUGGUGCAAUAACCACUGCUGACCAACCAA